AAAUUACUCUUCCUUGUGUAUUAUUAAUAUAUAAUUAUCAUUAUUUAUUUUGAAUUGAAAUUUAAAAUUUUUAAAUCUUUUACGUUUUAUAAUAUAAAACUGAAAAUGCGUCCUAACCAUAAUGAAACGAUGAAAUACGCCAUCUAUAAUAAAUCUUGGAUGUCGCUUUCGUUACAAAUAAGGAAUGUUUGUUCUGGGAAAAUUAUGUUUUUUAAACAGAUAAUAAUACUGAAUCAUUAUUGAUAAAAAGUCUAUACAUAUCCAGUUUGAAGUUUAUAUCAUAAGAAUAUCAGUUACUGAUUAGUUUCGAACAUAAAACACGUAAAUGAUUAUGUUAACCUAAAUGUUGCAAGAGUAGUAUUUAUUUUAUAGCAAUACUUCUAAUACUUUAGAAGAUUUAAUAAUAACUGAAGCAUGAAUCGCGUUGAUUUGAAAGUAGUUUUACUGGGUAAUGCGGCUGUAGGAAAAACAAGCCUCGUGGAACGUUACAUAAACGAAAGAUUUAAUGAAAGUCUAUCAUAUCAAAAUACUAUAGGAGCUGCAUUUGCAGCGAAGCAAAUGCAAGUCAAUGGGAAAAGGCUUAUCAUGGGAAUAUGGGAUACAGCUGGCAGUGAAAAAUAUAAUGCUAUGAUUAAAUUAUAUUAUCGUGGUGCAAAGGCAGCUGUUAUAUGUUAUGAUAUUACAAAAUCAAAUACAUUUCAAAAGGCAAAAUUUUGGGUGAGAGAGCUUAGAGCUAUGGAAGAAGGCUGUAAAGUGUACAUUUGUGCUACAAAGAAGGAUAUCUUAGAGCAUGGUGCAGUUCCAUCUCCUGAGAUAGAUGUUGUUGAAACAUACGCUGCAGGCAUUCAAUCCAAGUUUUUUAUAACAUCUAGUAAAACUGGAGAAAAUGUUGCUGAAUUGUUUAAUGAAAUUGCCCAAGACUUUGCAUCUGACCCAGAUAAUUUACAAGAAUUAGAAGAAACAAUUGAGAUAAGUAACAAGUCCAAAGGUACAUAUUGUUGUCAAUCUUUCUAAAGUCAGUAUUAAGAAUUAUCAUAAUUCUUUCACCUUUAAUAUAUAUCACAUUACUUUGUGUAAGUAAAUAUUAUGCGUGUAAAUCAAUGCACGGUAUAUCGCAUCUUGACACAUUAAUAUACAUAACUUUAAGGGAAUCGUUAUUCCCUGCUGAAAGGAUUAUUUUUAAAUACAUUCAUAUUUUACAUUCCUUUAAUUUGUGCAUGUCUCAUCCAUUUAAAAAUUAAUAAAUAUUAGCCUUUAAAAAGUGUAGUACGUAUAAUAUUAUUAUUAAUAAUCAAAGUGUAAAAUACAAUUAUUAAAUGCUUCGUAUGUAUCUUGUGCCUUUCUUGAACGUGAGCAGUUUUAUUGCAACAUAAAUAGUGAGAUCUGUAAUAAAAGAUAUCAUAAUGAAUAGACUAUUGUUUCAGUUGAAAAGUAUUGAAAAGCUUAUUGUAUUAAUAACAUUAAUGAUUGAUAUGCAAUGUGUCAAACAAAGUACUGAUAUUAUUACCAAGGAUGAAAAUAAUUACCUCUUGUAGUAAAUUACAAUUUACUAAUGAACUUUGUAUAAUAAUAUUAUAUUAAUCCUUUCUUAACACUAUAAAGAUAAAUUUGAAAUGCAACUUUCUCUAACUUUCUCGUAAACGCCGAAGAAUAUGAAUCCGCUAAGAGUAAAACCACCCACUCUUGGUGUAAAACCAGCAAAAAGUCUAAAGGUAUUUGUCAACAAUUACUAUUUAUGUUUAUAAAAAUUGGUUACUGUGAAAAAUAUGAUUCGCUUCAUACCCUUUAAUACCACAUUCUCGAUAAAUCCUUCUUAACAUUGUAAAUAUCUUUACUUCGUCUUUUCCUGCCGAUGCGUUCGAUAACAUUAUUCUAGUUUUCGCAACAUCCAAAGGCGUUGUCACAAUCGCGGAUACAGCGACUAUAAAAAUCAGUGUUAGUGUAAGUAAUUAUAUUAAAUCAUUUGUAACUUAA